CUAACCUAUCCAUAUUGAUUACUUCUCACUCCACCCACCAAAUUCCGCACACAAUCUAAAGUUCACAAGGACUCUAGAUUAACACUCAUUUUCUCGUUUUCAAAAGAAACGAAAAAGAUUUUAAACCUGUAACAAAGUCUAUUCACCCCCCCUCUAGACUUUGUAUUUCACCACUUUGGGACCACCCAUUGGUAUCGGAGCAGUCUUCUCACUAUCUACAUUUAGAUUAACGAGAAGCGAUCAAAAUGGUGAACAAUAUGGAUCACGGUUUGCCCAAGUUUUCUCUUCUAGGUUAUGAUGAUUGGAAGAUCAUGAUGGAAGCACACCUUUACACUCUACAUGAUUGCAUGUGGAUGGUGCUUGAGGAUGGACCCUUGAAAAUCCAAAUGGAGAAUCCUGAGAGGAAUCCAGCAACUCCAGCCGUAGUCCAGUACAUUCCAAAGCCCAAGGAAAAAUGGGAUGAUAGAGAUUGCAAAAAGCACAAUCUGGAUAACGUCGCCAAAGCAGCCAUCUUCAAGACACUUGACCCCAUCACCUUCUCCAAAAUUAAGCACCUCAAGACUGCCAUGGAGAUAUGGCAAGGUCUUGGGAAGCUAUGUGAGGGAUCAGAGGGCUUGAGAAAGCAGAAGAUAGAAGUCCUGCUUGAGAAGUUCAAAGGCUUCAAAAUGCUUCCCGGAGAAUCAUUUGAUAUGCUGGAUGAAAGAUUCCACAAAAUCUUGAAUGAUCUUGCAUCACUUAACCACGUUCUUUCUCCCAAAGAAAAGAAUGUAAGGUUGCUGAGAUCUCUUCCAAUUGAGUGGUACACCAAAGCCACAGCCAUGGAAGAAGGAAGAAAUCUGGAGAACUACACUGUUCAAGGUCUUCUUGAUGAGCUCAGAACCUAUGAGCACGAGCUGAAGAAGAAGAAGGAAGAACAAGUCAUUCCCUUCCCCACGGCACUGAUGACAGCUCCAAGAGUACCAUCAAGUGAAGGGACAUGCCCAAGGAACUGUGACACACCUUCCUACAGUCAGCCAUCAAGUUCAAAAAUGGAGAACUACGAUGAGGAAUUUGCCAUGAUGGUCAAGCAAUUCCGGAAGUUCAAAAAGUUCUUCAAGAAAGCUGACUCAGUCAGAAGGCCAUCCAAGGGAAAGCCACAGGUAAGUGACUCUCCUCCUGAAUCUUAUUUGUGUUACAAUUGCAGGAAGCCUGGCCACUGGAAGUCAGCAUGCCCGUACCCAAAAGUGGAGAAGUACGGAGAAAGAGAAAGGAUCGAGAAGAAAAAGAAGGCAAUGGUUGCUGCUGAAAGUGACGAGUCAUCCAACUCAAGCUCGGAUGAAGAAGCUCUCGUCUGCAUGGAGCGCAGAGCUGAAAAGUCCAACCAUGAGGAUAGGUGGACCAUGUCAGAAGAUGACACUCUCUUCCUAAUGGCCAAAGAUGAUGCUGAUCAAGAGGUGAAAUCCCUUAACAAAGAACUAGGGACUCUUAAGUCAAAAGAGGCAGUGGAUAAGCUUCUUGAAACGACCAAACAUAAGGGUCGUGAAGGACUUGGGUUUAACUCCUCUAGCUCUAAAAGGAAAGGGAAAACAACUUUCAUCCCUCCUAAACCUACUGCUAAACCAAAUAAGCAGAAAGGGAAGGAAAAGGAAAAACCAACAGAAGUUUCCAAAAAGGUAUCGCACUCACCAUCUGCGGUUGGAAGGGUGAUGGUUGCAGCACCGGUGUUUGGAAGGGAGUUUAAUUCAUGGGAGCCUGUAGUGGCAGUUGUCCUGCACUUGGUAGAGCAAAUGGGAACAUGCCUUGGAGGAAAGGCAUUCCUCCGGAUUGCUGGCACAUGGCCAUCACUUGGCCAAAACCUUGAAUGGCCUACAGCUGAAACCCACCCAGGCAGGGAACAGAUCCACCCAACCAAUCUUGCUGCACAGUACCUGGAACUUGCCCGGGUGGUCUUGGCUGAAACCCACUCGAACAGGCUGUCGGGGGACACUACUUCUUCCUGGGCUCCUCCCCUUAGGAACACCCGACUACGCAAGGGGUCGCGGCAGUCCUCCCGAAGGGAUCCUUCCCCGGAAGAUGAAAGUGAAGACGAAGAGGUAGGGUCCGCGACCGGGGUCCAACCGCUGCUAAUUGGAGACCAUUCUUUUGUCCCGGAAGAGGUGGUGGUCGAGGAUGUAUCCGACGAUGAUGGUCUCUACGAUUUUCCUCCCGGGACCUUGAGGGGAUCCAGUCUUAUUCCCGGCGUUCCUCACACCCCUCUCUUCGGCAGGGGGGCUUCUUCUUCUGCUCCGCACAUGGGUCCAUUGGGUUUCCAUCCCCAAACUAGUGGGGCCCAUCCAAUUGGUCACGCCACCGGUUCGCAAGGGUCCCUUGAGCCGCCUCAUGUCCAGGUGGCUGGAAUUGGAAUCCCAUGUAGUACGGAGUCUCCUUGGGAAUAUUCCCCCUCCUCUGGCUGUGGGGGGAAUGAAGCAAUUUCCCAGCCCCAACCGUCCACUGCCCAAAAUUUUUCAGAGUCAGCAGUGGAGAGCAUAUUUGGGACGCCCCUUGGCCAGGAUGUUCCUCUCCCUGGAGCAAACAUCCAUCAAUCUUUUUUGGAGACAGAGGAGUUAAUUCGGUCCUCCAGCUUUGGAAAGGCCACUGUCCAGCCAUCCAUCCAUCCAACCGCCGUCCCCGGUCCAUCAACUCAGGAGACCGGGUCUUCUUCUUCCCAGACCCGUCCUAAGAGGGGCCGGAAUUCCAUUCCUCUCCCAGGCUCGCCGGCAUCCGCCGGUCCUUCCAUGGGACCGCCAAUCACUUCCUGGGGACCGCUGGUGAUGGGUCUCUUACCGGGCAAGGGAAUCAGCCCUUUCCCUAUGCCUGGUGAUGGGUCUAUUAUGAAAUAUUCACGUGCAAGUGCAUUCCUCCUUAGAGAGCUUAUGCUUGAGAGAAAGAUGGACCCUAAUUUGUUCCCCACGGAGUUGAAUCAUUUAAUCGGCUAGAAAGGUUUGUUCAAUGUUGUCUUGAAGUCUGAAGGUGGGAGUCCACACUGGAUGGGCCCUAGGAGUUUUGGUGUUCCAUCCUUCGUUACGGAUCUAAGAAUUCUCAAGAAAUAUGAACAUUUGGUCGAAAAUGUUAUUGAAGAAACUGUUGAAGAUGGG